ACGCUUGUCGACAAUAAACACAGGCCGUGGAGGACCAACCCCCGUAGAUCGACCUGACCUCCUCCCUUAUUUCGCUCGUUCUCCAGGUGGCGGGGCAGGCCUCGUCGCACCUGUCACAUUUCGCCGGUGGUGGUGAGUGGUAUGUAGUGAGUGUCUAGCGCUCGUCUCACCUGGAAACUUCAGAUACUCAAACGCGGCGAAUGCACGCGUUGGUCAGAAGGUCUAAACGAACAUACGCACACCAAGUGCGACUCUCGAUCCCAUCCGAUCUCCGAUCUCCCUGCCGGCAUGAAGAUCCGCCAGCUGCCGGCGAGAACGACAACGGUAUCGUUCCGGGCGAAACAGCGGGAUGUGGGCGGCAUCGGAAUGCCCUGCGAGCGGGAGCGGAAGCAUGAGGCCGCCAAGCGGGAGCGGGAGCGGGAGGAGCAGCUGAAGCGGGAUCAUGCCACAGCGGCUGCGGCAGCGGCGGCACAGCGAGUGCGCCAGCAUAAUCGCAGGAUCAGCGCCGAGGCCGAUCCCGCCAAGCGGAGGAUGCCGCAGUCCAAGGAGCGACUCCGGGCAGCCGGACUGGGCAGACCCGGAUCGGGCAACCCAUUGAAUGUAACUGGAGUCUCGCGGGUAUCAUCAUUCGCCCCGGGCGCGGCAGCAGCCGGAUCUCGCACAGAAAAAGCUCCCAGAAAGCACGUGCCUCCACUUCAGGACCGGAUUGAGGAGCAGGACGACUCCGAUGCCAAGGCCGAGCGGCUUAGGCAACAGCUGGAGGAGCUGGCUACGAUGUCGGAGGAGGAGUUCGAGGUGAAGUUCCGCCAGUGGCUGGACCAGGAGGGGAUUGCCCGGGAGAUGCACUCGCACUUGCGGGUGGAGCUUAUCCACUGCUUCAAUAACACGGCUCUCGGCCAGCUCCUAAGCAAAGCCGCUGGCGUCCAGAUGGCCCACUCCCACGCCCUGCUCCUCUCGCCACUGGCGAUGGUGCUCCACACGCUGGUGGCGGAGUUCCUGCACUCCCAGAACUGCCACUUCACACUGUCGGUCUUCUGCAGCGAGACGCCGCAUCGCAGCAAGCUGCCCGACUUCAGCAGUCGUCCGGAAUUCCGAUUCCAGUCGGACGAACUGCAGAAGGUGGUGGCCGCCAUCCUGGGAGAAGAGGGGGCGUUGGCCGAUCCCAAAUUUAGACAGCUGGCGGAGGCCCACUACGAGGAGGAUCUGGCUGGGCAGACGCAGUGCUUGCUGAUGGCUGUAAUGCGAACGCUGGUGGAGAUCAGGAGGACUGUGCCCGAGCAGGAGGUGGAACAUCCGGUUCCUGUGUCGCUGCAAGACACCGGCUGCCAAACGGAGCCCUCCGCCUGCGUGGAAGCUCGUCCCGAGGUCGACACCACUGGUCUGUAUCAGGCGGAGGAGCACGAGCUCAUUCUGGGCGCAGAUGGCCGGAGUGUUUUUGUGGGCGGCCGUGUCUCGCAAUCUCUGCAUUCCGUGGAGCAGCAGCUGAAUCAGUUGAUGAAGAACCUCCGCCAUUUGGCCAAGUCCUGUGCUCCACCCGUCGAGGUGAUAUCCUCGGCCAAAUUCGAGGACCUAUUGAAGAAGGAGCUGCGCGAAAGGGAGCGUCUUCGGAAAGCUGGCCGAGCCUUCAAUCCCGCCGAGACGAUCAUCAAAAUAGCCACCGGGAACAAGGAAGAGGAGCAGAAGGUCAGCAGUGGCAGGAACCAGGAAAAUGUCGUUCACUCCGAAUUGGGGCCCAUCCAAGUGCCAGCCCUGGACGUGGCCAUUCCUCAGCUGCCCCGUCUGCACACUGAACAACUGGCCAGUCUGGCCGUAAUCCGUCAGUCCCUCGACAUGGCCCAGAAAAAGACCCGUCAGCCGCAGGGCCGGAUGUACGUGUCCAUGGAGCGAUUGGAGACCCUCAUGGGGGACGUGUGCGGCUGUGUGCAGUUGCUCGGCAACAUGCUGAAUCUCUCCAUGGAACAGGAGCACUCUGUGGGCAUGCAUAAGGGCUUCAAGUUGGGCUACCGCGAGGGCUUUGCCCACGGUCACUUCAUGGGCCUGCAGGAGGGCCAGAAACUGGAGCAGCUGGAGGAGAAGAAGCGGCAAAGGGAAAGACCGCCGCCGGCAAAGAGGGAAACCUGCGUCCAAACGGAGAGGACGGCUUCCACUGCAAGUAGAGCCACCCAGACAUCGAGGAAGUCAGCUCACAGGGAAAGUGUCAUCACCCAAACGGAGCAAAAGGUCCUGAAGGAUGCUGGGAAUCAGGCCACUUUCGUCACGGAUCCCUCGCAGAAGACCUACGAACAGUGGAUCCACGAGAUGCUUCACAGCUCCAGUGGCCAGGUGUUCCUCGAACGGGUGGAGCUGUCCUUGAACAAGGCGCUGGAGCUGCAGAAGGAGCGCCUGGACGAACUCUUCCAGGUGAAGCUGCGACACCAGGCCGAGAUGUUCCGGCUCAGCAGGCGGCAGAACUCCUGGCGCACACUGUGCAAUCGCGUGGAGCGGGACUCGCAAUCUUCGGCAGAGGCGCGCGACCUGGUGCAGAAGAUCUUCCGGCUGCUGGAGCACUACGAGUCACACCACCAGCAGCUGGCGGAGAAGAUCCAGCAGACGGAGCUAGCGGCGGAGCAGGCGGCUCGCAUCAUGCCCAUGUGGGCGGAUGGAGCUGGUGGUGGCUUCGCACCUGGCAACUGGAACACGGCGAUCUCGACCACACCCAUUACCAGUGGGAUCUGCACUCCGGCUCCGCCACUGGCACCGACUCCGGAUCAGCAUGCCGUUGAUGGGGUGCUUCCUGUCAAGGCUGCAGGUAAGCCCCAUGUGGAACAGCACACAUAUCCCGGCCUGGCACUGUUGGCAUUGGCUCCGCCAGUUGGAGUUCCAGUUGCAGGCGCCUUCGUGCCGGUGCCUGUGCCAUCACGACUUUCUGCCCACUUCCUCGGGGAUACAGAACACCCUGUUGCUCUGGUCCCAGUGGCACGGAUCUACGGUGAUCCCCCGGAACAAGCGAGCAGACCUGUUCCCCCGAGUAGUGUUCCUGCAGCAACUGACAUUGUACAUCCUGCAGCCGGCGAUACCAACGUUUCCACAUUCCGAACCGGCCCCGCAUCUAGGGAUCUGCAUCCAGCUGAAAAUGGAACCCAAGAUCCUGCCACUUUAUCUGUGCCUACUCCUCCGGACCCUUCACCACCUGCGCCCAGUGUUCUGCCCUCCAAUGCAUCACUGCCACUUGCGCCAUCUGAUGAAACGGCACCUCCACCAGCACCUGCCCAAUCUUCUAUUCCUCCGAAGCCCUCAAUGCACUCGGUGGCCACCAACACGAUAACUCCCCUGCCCCCAAAAGUAACCCCUCUCAAACCGUCCAAUAGCAAACUCCCAGAAGGACCGAGCUUCGAGGAGGCUCUACUGAGUGCCAAAAGUCGCAUGCUGCAGUUGGAACAGGAGAGCGAUCUGUUGGAACACAGUUUCCUCAGCUACCUGGAGAAAACCAAGUCGAAGACAUCCGCCCAUAAGUCGCAGGAGGAUGCCUCAAAGACCCGAAGGAUUCGUGCCAGCUGCCAAAGGGAACGAGAGCAGAUGCAUCGCACCAUGGACGGUUUCCGAGAUUGGCAUCGACGUGUUCGCAAGGAGGACGCAGCUAGUCUGGGCCAACUUGAGGAACUGCACAGCCAGGGAGUUAUACCCGGUGGCAUCUUGGACUCCAAGGGAUCGUCGCCGCUGUGGCUAUCGGAACUGGACGAGGGCCACGAACAGGACAGCUAUCCCUUUACGAAUGCCAUCACCGAGGCUAGGAACAAAGUGCUGGACAAGAUAAUGCCAGUGAGGAAGGAGGAGCAGAAGGAGAAGCAAGCCGUUCGCAAGAAUUGGCUAGCAGAUCUGCCAUUGCAGAUUCCUGAAGCAGUGAAUCCGAUCAAGCCACCGAAAGUGGAUCCUCUGCUAACCAAUAUGGCGCCCGAUGCAAGCAGCAAUGGUGAGAUGAACGUGCUCCUCCAACGGGCCAAAGACGCCCUCGGUCUGCAAACGACGAUACCACUUCUGGACAGCAGCAGCAGCAGCAGUUCCAGCAUCGAGUUGCCCUCCUUGGCGGCGGGCAGAUCGCCCAGCACAAAGUUCCAGCAAUCCAUGGCCAGGAUGCAGAUGCUCUUUGGCGGCGCAGAGGCAGUGAAACCGGCCGUGGCUUCACUACCGCCCGGAAAAUCAGGAAGACCUGUAAGUGCACCCACCGCAGCAUCGCGCCCAGGAUUGGGUGAGCACUUGGUGCUCCCACAACGGCCCCACACGGCGCCCACUCUUCACACAAUCAGCGAAAACGAGCCAGCCCUUCAUCACUUGGAUGUCUCCACUUCCAGCUCUUCGCAAAGCACAUCACCGGGAGGGGGAAGAUCGCCGGGCGAAGCUUUCGAGGAUUUGGUCACGAGCGCCUUGGCGGAUGGAAGCCGGCGGCGAAAUGCGGAAUCGGGCACGAAGGUUUCUUACAGCCAGGCGUUCUGGAAACGCAUAAACCUGUGAAGCAACCUAAUAAAUAUGUGUAAAUUGAUCACAUUUCAA